CUUUCCCACCCCAUUAAAACCCCGCCCGUUGGCUCCACCGCGCAGGCGCGGGGGGAAGCUUCUGGACGGGCGCGGUGCAUUGUGGGGAGGGACCGUUAGCAACAGGGCUGCCGCCAAGAUGAUGCCCACGCCUGUUAUCUUACUGAAGGAAGGCACAGACACUUCCCAGGGGGUCCCUCAGCUUGUGAGUAACAUCAAUGCCUGCCAAGUCAUCGCAGAGGCCGUCAGGACCACUCUCGGCCCUCGGGGCAUGGACAAGCUCAUUGUUGAUGACAGAGGCAAAGCAACCAUUUCCAAUGAUGGCGCCACCAUCCUGAAGCUUCUUGAUGUGAUACACCCUGCUGCAAAGACACUUGUGGACAUCGCCAAGUCACAGGAUGCGGAGGUUGGUGACGGCACCACUUCUGUUACACUUCUAGCUGCUGAAUUCCUAAAGCAAAUCAAGCCCUAUGUGGAAGAAGGGCUGCACCCCCAGAUCAUCAUCCGUGCCUUCCGCACUGCAACCCAGCUGGCAGUGAAUAAGAUCAGGAAGAUUGCCGUUACGAUCAAGAAGACCGACCAAGAGGAGCUGCGGAGCCUGCUGGAGAAGUGUGCAAGCACAGCCUUGAGCUCGAAGCUGAUUUCCCACCAGAAAGAGUUCUUUGCCAAGAUGGUGGUGGAUGCCGUCAUGAUGCUGGACGAGUUGCUGCAGAUCAAAAUGAUUGGGAUCAAGAAGGUGCAGGGAGGAGCCCUGGAGGAUUCCCAACUGGUGGCAGGAGUUGCCUUCAAGAAGACCUUCUCUUAUGCCGGCUUUGAGAUGCAGCCCAAGAAGUAUGAGUCCCCCAGGAUCGCUCUGCUCAACAUUGAGCUGGAGCUCAAGGCAGAGAAGGACAAUGCUGAAGUCAGAGUCCACACUGUGCAGGAUUACCAGGCCAUCGUGGACGCCGAGUGGAACAUCUUGUACGACAAGCUUGAUAAGCUCCACCAGUCAGGGGCCAAAGUCAUCCUCUCCAAGCUUCCGAUUGGCGACGUGGCUACCCAGUACUUUGCUGACCGGGACAUGUUCUGUGCCGGCCGAGUCCCCGAAGAAGAUCUCAAGAGGACCAUGAUGGCCUGCGGUGGAUCCAUUCAGACCAGUGUAAAUUCCCUGACGGAUGAGGUCCUUGGGCGUUGCGACCUCUUUGAGGAGACUCAGAUUGGAGGCGACAGGUACAACUUCUUCACAGGCUGCCCAAAGGCCAAGACCUGCACAAUAAUCCUGCGUGGAGGGGCGGAGCAGUUCAUGGAGGAGACGGAGCGUUCUCUUCACGAUGCCAUCAUGAUUGUUAGGAGAGCAAUCAAGAAUGACUCUGUCGUCGCUGGUGGUGGAGCUAUAGAGAUGGAGAUCUCCAAGUACCUUCGAGACUAUUCCAGGACCAUUCCAGGCAAGCAGCAGCUGCUGAUCGGAGCCUACGCCAAAGCCCUGGAGAUCAUUCCGCGGCAGCUCUGCGACAAUGCUGGUUUCGAUGCCACCAACAUCCUCAACAAACUCCGAGCCAAGCACGCCCAGGGCGGCAAGUGGUAUGGCGUGGAUGUGAACAACGAAGACAUCGCUGACAACUUUGUGGCCUGCGUGUGGGAGCCGGCGGUCGUGCGCAUCAACGCCCUGACAGCAGCGUCCGAGGCUGCCUGCCUUAUUGUGUCUGUGGACGAGACCAUCAAGAACCCCCGCUCCACGGUAGAUGCCCCUCCUCCGGGCCGCGGCAGAGGGCGAGGCCGACCCCAUAACCACUGAGGGGCAGGCGUCACCAGCAGCGCGAGACACGGGGAGCCCCUCCCUUAACAAAACCCGGCCCCAGGACCUCUUAAAAAAAUGCUGUCCCCACUGGCAGUCCUCAAACAACCUUCACACUGGGGAGAAGGGGGAGCAAGGAGCUCGCAGCAUUGCUGCUCUGCUCCCAGUGGGCCUCCUCCUUCCGUAGUGUGUGAAACGGGAGAAAGCCCUGGGAAAUCCCAAACGGUGCGUCCUCCAACAUUCAGGUCCAGCCAUCCUUCGUGGUUCCAGACCUUUCUCCCCUCCUGGGUUUCUCCAUAUCCUUCAACUUUUACUCUCAAGGGCCCCCCCGGAUCUCUGCAUUGCUGGCACGGCGCUUGUCUGCUAAAGGAGCUAGGAAUGUGUUGUAUUUAUUGGUGGUUUUUUUCUACUGGGGGUUCAAACCCAGCCAUGAACACAAUAAACAAUUAAAAAAAC